UUCUCCCUGUCUAAUGGUGCGGCCCGGAGUGCGCUGCCCAAAGGCGUCCGGCCGGGAAGCGCCACCGCCUGUGUUCGGCUCAGCUCGGGGAGACGCUGCUGGGCCCUUGGCUCCAUGGCGCUGCCAGGUGGAAAUAAGGAUAAUAUCAGGGCAGGAUGCAAGAAGUGUGGCUAUCCUGGUCAUCUGACAUUUGAAUGCAGAAACUUUCUCCGGGUGGACCCCAAAAGAGACAUUGUUUUAGACGUCAGCAGUACAAGCAGUGAAGACAGCGAGGAAGAAGAGCUGGGGAAACUGCAGGCCUUACCAGAGAAAAAGAAUACAAGUCAGGAGGAGGAGGAAAAGAAAAAUCUAAAAAGAACAAGCAAAGAAAAAUCCAAAUCAAAGAAAUUAAGGAAAAGAUCAUCUUCAUCAAGUGUCACUGAAGAAGAAGAUCCAAAACCAAAAAAACAGAAAUGCCACAAAAAAGAAAGGAAAAAGGAGAAAAAGAGUAAAUCUAAGAAAGGAAAACAUCACAAAAAAGAAAAAAAGAAGAGGAAAAAAGAAAAACGUUCAUCAUCUGAUAGUUCAGACUCUUCUAGUAGCGACUGAGGAGUUAGUGCAUUCAGCUUUCAUUAACCUGAAAGAUUAGGAUUGCUUACCUUUCAAAUCUAUCCUAUAUGUGCUUUACAAUAUUGUCAGGUUAAAAAAAAUUAUAUAUAUAUUUUAAAAGUACAUUUAUUUACAAAUAUCCACAACUUAGGUUAUUAAACCGAAAGAUUUGCGGGGUGGCAGGGGGAAAUCUACAUGUUGUUGUUUUUUGCCAUUAAUGGUGUUUCACUAUUUCCAUUCUAUGCAAGUUGGACCAAGAAAAUAGACUAGUUGUUUAAACUUUUGUGGUUAGUUCAUUUCUAGUCAGUUUUUGAUUGCUAGCUCCCAUGCAUGACCAGAAUAUUCAGAUUGCUAACAUGUGCAGGGAAAGAUUUGAACUAAUUAAAAUGUACUUUCCACUGGAAUUUUUAACAAAAUUUGUUGAAACAUUUUUAUUAAUUUUAAGUUUUCUAAAACCUUGAUUUUUAUUAAAAUAAAAACCUACAUGUUUGGCAUAAUUCCAUAUCAGCCACCACUUAAAAGCAAUAAAUAGAGACACUGGUGAAUAAAAAUAAGGAGAUUGAGCUAGAAGAGAGGUUUUUUUUGAAGGGACAGGUGGGGGAAGAAAUAGUAAAUAUUUGCUACAAAUAAGAACAGUCUCUUAUAACUGAUCUGGUAAUGUACUUUGAAACAAAUGGCGAUUGUUUUCCAUCAUACUCAGAAAAUGGCCCUAUCUAUACAUGGACAAACAUAACACCUAUCAUUCUUUAGUUUCCUUUUCUUCUUUGUAAAAUAGAUAGAUGUAAUGCUGUGUCUACACUAUGAGCUAUGGGAGUGAUUCCCCUGCUCAUGUACACAUACAUUAGCUCUCAUGGAACUAGCGCAUGUAUAAAUAGCUGUAGAGCCGUGGUACCAUGGCAGCAGCAAAGGCACUGCUGAGCUCGACUGAGUACGUACCCACUAGUUUCAGGCGGAUGUGUAUAAGGCAUAUACCGUUAUCCGUAUUAAGUGACAAUCCAGCAAUGUUUUCUACAGUAAUGUCCCAGUGCUGUGUCAAUUUAUUGUGUUAAGAUUACCUACUCACCUCUUUUAAAAGGGGUAAGGGGAAUCAAAGACUGGCGCUUUGGAUACUCUUGAUUAUUUCAACUCCCAUUCACCAUUAUCUUUAACAGUAAAUGGCUUUAUAAAACCAAAAAUAUUUUCUUCUAUUAUGUAACACAGCAUGUGCCCUGUUGUCUAAGGACCAGCUCCUGCUCCACUGAAGUCCGUGGCAAAAUUCCCCAAUGGCUAUAAUAGCUGGAUGAUCAGGAACCUAAACAGUAAUAUUUCUUGUUUCAAAUUACCUCAAGCCCAUUGCAGGUAUAGAGAGUCAGUGUGUCAGGAAUUAUUCCAUUUAUACUGGUGUAAAAUCAGUAUAAGUGAGUAGAAUUAGGGCCAUAGUCUGAACCUUACUGCUGUACCUCCUUAACAAGACAUAGGGUUUAUCUAUCCAGUAUGGCAAAGCGUGCCACAGGGGUGUGAUUUGUAAAGCGCACUAAUGUGCAAUGCUCUAACUGCCCCAUGGAAAUCCUUCUGCCAUGUUCUAAAAGGUACCUAGUUUGUGUUAACCUUUUCCUGUUUGAAAGACACUUAACUUGAAUUAGACACUUUUAGACAGUGCUAGCAGAUUUUACUCGGGCCAGUCAGAGCACAACACCUUAGAGCACUUUUAGAAAUCACACCCCCUAGCAUGCAUUGCCUGUGCCAUGUAGACAAGGCCAUACCUAGUUAAUAUAUUUCUAAGUAGUUCAUUUUUCCUUUAUUUUGGACAUAAUAGGACACUUUUUUAAAAAUACUGUGAUAUUGGCAUAUGUAAAAUUUAUAUUUGAGCCUUUAAAACUGGCCUAUGAGCAAAAAAAUUAAUUAAAUCUCCUUUUACCCAGGAGCGGAACAUUUAAGAAAUUUAUUACUAAAGAGAAGUGCAGAGAAUAUUUUAAGAUUUAACCUAUAUUGUGCUUUAUAUCUGAAAUGCUUUUUUAAAAUAUGACUAGGAAGCAGAUAUGUGACAUUGAUAUUGUGCUUCCCUUAUGUAACUGAUUUGCAGAUACUUAUUUGACUUCUAACCCUUCAAAUUUGCACAAACAAUAUUUUGAAUUCAAGAAGCGAUUAAUAAAAUGUUACCUAGA